GUUAAUAAACACUUUGACACAGAUUAGGAUUUAUCAAUAAUCUUCAGAAAGGUAUAGUUUACAAUGACAGAACCACAGAUGCAAGGGCCCGAGGAUGAGGAUGAAGAGAAAAUGGAUCCAGAAAAGCGUAAGCAAUUGGAGAAGCAAAGGUUGAAAGAAGAGAAAAAGUUGCAGGCUCAGAGAGACGAGGAAGAAAGAAAAUACAAUCUAAGAAAGGACCUUUUGUCCAAAGAGUUGGACUAUUAUCACUCUGUUGAAGAACAGAUACGGAGUACUUUAGAUUUCACUGCUGGUGUAAUGAAAGAGAACAUUACAAAUGCUGAAAAGGAGCACUUUUGGGGUACUUUUAGAAUGAAAUCAGAAUGGAAAGAUUUUCACAGAAAUCAGUUAUUAGAAAAUGUAAAAGGUAGAACUGUUGGAGAGGAUUUGGUCAACCAUGUUUACUUGGAAAGCUUUGACCAAAUAUUGGGCAACUAUCAAGAAAUAAUGCUGCAGAUGUUAAAUGAUUUUGAAUUCCAACGGGACAGAAUGUUAAAAAAACAUUGGUCGUUUCUAAAAUAUGCCAAACUCAAAGGAAUGGAAACCAGAGAUGACGUUCGAACUGUGUCUUAUGGCAUAUCAGAUAGAUAUGAAAGAAAGUGUCAAGUAUUAGCCAAAAAGCAAAGAAAAUUUCGUAUGAAACUCCAUAAUAAGCACUUAGAUGAUACUGCUGAGACAGCUUUUGAUUUGGAAACAAAAGCUUUUAAUCUGUGGGUUCAAUUCAGAACUGUAUUUGGAAGAUUUAGAAAAGAUUGGAAACUAGCUAAAAGACUUGUUAUCUUUCUCAAGUUAAAAGAUAGAGAGGAAAGAAAAGAAAUUGAAAAACAGAGAAAACUAUUGAAUGAGGUUCAAGCUUUGAGGAAAACUAACAGUAAGGCUGAGAAGAGUUUUUGGAGUGAAAAGAACAAGGAGUUAGCUGCUGAAAGAACCAAAUAUGCCAAUGCCUACGCUCAGCUGUUGCAUAAAUUUCAAGAGAACAUGAAGUUUGAUGAAAAUAAUCUUACUUUUCUUAGUAAUGUCAGCCUGAAUAUCAUAAAGGAAUUUGAAAAAUUAAAAGAAAAAGUGGAAAAAGUAUUGAACGUAAAGAAGAUGUGUUUUAAAUAUGAAACUGAAGAGGAAAAAAUUUUCCCUACUGAAUAUGUUGAAUUAUUUAAACCUAUCAUGAGAGAGGAAUUUGAUAGUGCAUUUAGUAUGGAUAAACUGACGUACCGAACUGCUUUAGUACAAAGUCAUUGCGAUCAUAUGCAAACUAAAUUGGAUGAAGAAAUGAUGAUAAACCAAGAUCUCAAAGAGAAAUUGAAAUACGUUUUAUCGCAAUUGCGGCCCGAGAGGGAUCUUGAACUGACGUUGAAGCAUUACAGUGACAUCUAAAUAAAUAAUAAUAACUAUUUAAUUUCA